AUGGACAUACACGAACAGCCGGUGACCUGCUGUCAUUACCUGUCCGACUGCUCCAGUGAUGUCAUUCCCGCCAUCUACAAUGCCGGAAGUAAGAUGGCGCAGAGGAAGAGGUUCAGCGAGAGAUUUUCCGUCACUAACAUUUCAUUUUGUGACGUCAGCAAGUUGCUGGCCGUUUCCGGGUCCAGCUACGUCAUCGUGUUUGAGUUCUCCAGGAAGGAGUUCUGUGAUUACUGUCCGGUCAUCCCUAUCCAUCUUGCGUACGAAAAUUUUGAUCCUAAACUGCCGAUGAGUAAGCCCCCAUCGGAUGAGGAGGAACUGCAGAAAUAUCCGGCGACGAAAUUCACACCAGUCCAGUGGCAGCCAGGGUACAAGCCACUCUUCUGCUGCCAGCUUCUGUGGAGGAGUGGUCGUCGGCAGGCCACUGUGACAGCCAUCAGUCUCAGUUCUAAAUACGGAUUGUUAGUGAUCAUGAUGACGAUGAAGACGAGCAAAUCAAAGUGCGAGGAUUGCACUGAUAGUAAUGAUACUACUACUACUAAUAAUAAUAAUAACAAUAACAAUAAUAAUAAUGACUAUAAUGUUGAACCAUCGGCCUAUUCGUUUAAAGAGGAGAAUCAGCAGCAACAACAACCUCAACAACAACAUCAACCUCAACAACAACCUCAACAACAACAUCAACAUCAACAAAAUCCAGAACAACCGACAAAAUGGAAAACCCGAUUUUUCGAAAAAGCUAAAAAUAGCAUCAUAAACCCUCUGACGUUAAUCUUCUCUAACCAAUCAGAACACUCCAAAGCAGGCACGCCGCCACUGCCGCCGCUGCAUUCAAAUGACCAGCAACGACAGCGCUCACGUUUUGUAGUUCGAGAUCUAGCAGACGACGACUCCUUCUUCCGAUGUAAAGUUACAAAGUUUACAGAAUACAGCGAUUACGCGAGAGGCUGUAAGCGGCUUGUAACCGAUGGUUCGUUUGCAGUGGUCAUAGUAGGAGUAAUGAUAUUUUAG